AUGGCAACCGUCAUCUGCACACGCUUCACCGAGGAGUACCAGCUCUACGAGGAGCUCGGCAAGAGAGAGGAGGAGGGAGAUGAGGAGAGGAGGAGAGAGGAGGAGGGAGAUGGGGAGAGGAGGAGAGAGGAGGAGGGAGAUGGAGAGAGGAGGAGAGAGGAGGAGGGAGAAGGAAAGAUAAAAAGACAGGAGGAGGGAGAUGGAGAGAGAAGGAGAGAGGAGGAGAGAGACGGAGAGAGGAGGAGAGAGAAGGAUGGAGGAGAGAGGAGGAGACAGGAGGAGAGAGGAGGAGAGAGGAGGAGAGAGAAGGAUGGAGGAGAGAGGAGGAGACAGGAGGAGAGAGGAGGAGAGAGGAGGAGAGAGAAGGAUGGAGGAGAGAGGAGGAGACAGGAGGAGAGAGGAGGAGAGAGAAGGAUGGAGGAGAGAGGAGGAGAGAGGAGGAGGGGCAGAUCCAGGAUUCUAUCAGUUUUGUGUGGAGGAGCGUUCUCCAUCGUUCGUCGAUGCAUCAAAGUUCACACUGGACAAGAAUAUGCUGCAAAGAUCAUCAACACCAAGAAGCUGUCAGCGAGAGAUCAUCAGAAACUGGACCGAGAGGCGCGGAUCUGCCGGCUGCUCAAACACCCCAACAUCGUGCGGCUUUAUGACAGUAUCUCCGAAGAAAACCACCACUACCUCAUCUUCGACCUAGUAACGGGAGGAGAGCUGUUCGAGGACAUCGUGGCUCGAGAAUACUACAGUGAAGCUGACGCCAGGUUUGUGAUGUCCUUCUGA